AAAAUGGAUCUUGGAGCGUCUCACCUAAAAUCGAAGCGUGUUCGCUCUCAGGCUUUUAUACAGUUAUAUACACUAUUGCGCAUGUGUCAGAAAUUCCGCAAUUUGAGAACACUGCUGCGCAUGCGUCAGAAAUCCGCAAUCUGGGUAUCAGGGGGGUGUGUUCUGUUCCACGCAUAAUGCGCGUGAUAUAUCACUUAUCCUUGUUUUUCACUGAAAAUUAAACAAGGAUGUAUCAUGCGCAUCGUGUGUGAAAUGGAAUACAUCACUGGGAGAACACCAGAAUACUGUUCCACAAUAUGACGUCGAGUGUUGUCGCGUUUGUAGAACAUUAUUGAUGUUAUGUGUAUUACGACGCAUUGUACUUUUACGCAGUGGUAACGAUUUGUUAUCAGCUUUAAUAGUGUGAUAAGCUAAAGCUUUAUAAAGAAGAUAACAGUUUUGCUAUUGAAUGUAUUACUGAGAAGUUGUUUAAAUGUAACAGCUGUUAGUACAAUGAAACAGAAUAGUUCAAUACUUUUUUUGCGAUGGGUUUUGGAACUUUAAGCCUUGUUCAUCGAAUGGUAAAUAUAAUUGUUUGGAUUCACAGGUGAGAACCAAUUAUGUUUAAUCGUUUGAUGAGGAGGCUACAUUUCUAAACCCAUCGAAAAAAGUAUUAGAACUUAUUCUGUCCAUUACUGUACAUACAAUUGCCGAAUUAUUAUCACAAAUCUAAUAACUUCAUUCUUUUGUUUGCAUGUUGAACGAUAAAGAUGUGGAAAUAAACAAGCAUUUGCCCAUUUUGAUGUGCUAUAUAUAUAAAUUGCAGAUCCGCUCUUUUGCAUCACGUUUGGCAGCCUGCCAUUUGAUGAAAUUUGGUAUGACAUCAGUAUUAGAGACGGGACAUAAUAAUAAGCGGUAAGGAAAGAAUAAAUGGCCUCGUGCUUUUCCCAUACAUCGCAAAUUACUUUGAAUUAUAUUGGAGAUUGCUACAUUUUGACCAAGUCUGUAUAGCUUUAUUUAUGUGAUAAAUAUUUAAAUACAAACUUGCUAAUAAAUUGUUGAAACUAUAUUUUAUUGAAUUAAGAUAAAAAUAGUAAAAUAAAAUCAAAAUGGCCAGUAGGUGGAAAAUUUUUCGCUUGUUGAUAUAUAAGAAUUUGAUAGUGCGCAAAAGGCACUGGAAAAUGAUGAUAUUCUUACAAGCUUUAGUACCCCUUGGAAUAUUUGCGUUAAUACAAGCUACCAGAGAGUUAGCCGAGGUUCAGCCGCCAGUUAUGGUGAGCAAGAACACGUACUAUUCUAAAUAUACUCAGGAUGAGUUAAUACAGGAAAGUAAUUAUGAUCUAAACAAAGUGUAUUAUACACCAAAAAACGUGUAUACACAAAAAAUCAUGAAGUCUGUUGAAAGUUGUCUUGAGCUUUCACGUGAUAAUAUAACAGGUUUUGCUAAUGAGACUGAAAUGAUAGAUACUUAUAUAUCUUCUCAGCCAGAAAAUUCUACAAUUUUUCGACUAAAAACUUCAAAAACAGUAGCAGUUGUUUUUGAGCAGUAUAAUGUACCUGCUAUAAAAUAUAAAAUAUUACAUUCAUGGUCUAUUUCAAAUGAUUUAUACAAACUUGUAGCUGACGGCGAACCUAAGAGUUUGUCAUUUAGUUUAUAUUUUGAAAUGGUUCCAUUUCAGAUAUGCUUGGAUAAAGCACUCAUAAAACAAGAAGCACCAGAUUUUAAUAUAAAGAUGUCAAUACAAAGAAUGCCUCACCCACCAUAUGUCAAAUUAGAUUCUAGAGAUGUACAAUUUCGCGAACUAAUUUGUUCGAUGGUACCUGCAGUUUUUUUGAUUCCACUUUGCAUAGAAACCAUUUAUGCAUCGAAGGAGAAAUUUAUUGGCAUAACUGUUUUAAUGGCAAUGAAUGGAGUCAAAUUGGCUUGCAAUUUAUUUAGUUGGUUAAUUACAGGGCUACUAGUUAGCACUAUUUAUAUAAUACCAAUAAUCAUAUUAUUUAAAAAUACUUUUUCGAAAAAUGUCGAGGCCUUAUUAAAAUAUAGUGAUGGGUUUAUAUUUUGGCUCUUAUUCACGACGCAUGUUGCUCAUCUUAUAACAUUUGGCAUGCACAUUGCAGCGUAUUUCUCAAAACCGCGAUUUGUGACGAUUGCAUUAAUUAUAAUUUAUGUGGCAGCCAAUGAAUUUUAUGAAUAUGUGCUGGUGGAAAAAGAUUUUGAUCUUACACUAUAUUUUGGUAUAAUAUUUCCAAAUAUUAUGCUCAGUAGACUUUUGCAAGAAACAAAUGCAUACGAAAGUAAACUGAUUGGUAUUCAAUGGGGUAAUUUAUUUGUUUCUGGGAAAACGGAAUAUGGUAUUAAAGGAAGCACAGGUUUUAUAUUUCUCCUUUCAAUUUUGGGUGCUAUGAUACAUUUUACAUUUGCGGUAUAUACAAAUGCUUUACUUCCCGGUAAAUAUGGAGUCCGAAAGGAUCCAUUAUAUUUUUUGAAGUGUUUUAAGAGCAAUAAAGUAUCUCUUGAUGAUGAAGCUGGUGAAUUUGAUUAUGACAAGGCUAACGAAGAUUUUGAGUCAGUAAUAGGCGGGACACUUACACCCGGAAUACAAAUACGUGAUCUUAAAAAGUCUUAUACAACAAGCUGGUUAAGAAAUUCUAAAGUUCAUGCCUUGCAAGGAGUAUCCGUGGAUUUUUACAAAGGACAAAUUACUGCUUUGCUUGGACACAAUGGAGCAGGCAAAACUACGCUUAUGUCGAUAUUAACAGGUGUGGUAAGCGAAACACAAGGAAAAGUUUUUAUAAACGGCAAAAAUAUAAGGAAGCACUUAAAUAGUAUUAGGGAUGAUUUAGGGCUAUGCCCUCAGGAAAAUAUGGUUUUUCCAGAUUUGAAUGUAUUUGAACAAAUAGAAUUCUUUGGAUUGUUGAAAGCUAAAAAUGAAACUAGAAACGAAAUCAAAGAAAAUGUUAAUGCCUUGCUUUCUAAAUUGAAGCUUUCCGAAAAGAAAGAUUUCUUACCUAGCAAACUUUCUGGUGGUCAACAAAGAAGAUUAUGUCUCGGGAUGGCACUUAUUGGCGAUGCUAAUAUCAUAAUUUUGGAUGAGCCAACAUCGGGACUGGAUCCUGAAAUCAGAAGAGAUAUAUGGGAUAUUAUAUUAAAACUUAGAGGAAAGAAGACAAUACUAAUUACUACACAUAGCAUGGAAGAGGCUGAUAUACUUGGUGAUAGAAUCGCGAUAAUGCAUGCAGGUCGUCUUAGAAGUUAUGGCACUGCAAUGUUUUUGAAGAAACAGUAUGGUCACGGUCAUAUCGAAGUUACGUUAUCAACGGAAUCUUCGUGUAUUCCUGAAAAAGUCAUAAGCAAAUUUGAAUCAAAAAUACAACAACUUAGUGUUGAUAAUGAAAAGAUUGUAUUAAAUAUUCCAUAUACUGAUUCUUUACCACAAUCAUUGGACAAAGUAGAAAGCGAAAAGAAGAAAUUAGGAGUUACUGGAAUAAGCGUAUCAUUGAUUACUUUGGAACAAGUCUAUUUGAAGAUCGUGAAGAAGGAAGACAAUGGGACACACCUUAAUGAAUUAUUUACAGCACCAUUACAGAAAGUUACAGGCAGUGAGCUACGCAUACAAUCAAUAUUGGCAUUAUUUUGCAAAAAAUUCACAUAUACAAGAAAGAAUUUAACUAACUUACUGAUGAUUCUACUUUAUCCUUUGCUAGCGGUCCUUUUAAUAGCCUUAACCUGCAGUAUUUCACCAAGCAAUUCCACAAAUAUCCACAAAGUCCCAUUAAAGCUCGACAUGUACAGAUAUCCUAAAACUUUAUAUUCAUCGGACGAUAAACAAAUUGGUCAGAAAUAUAAAGAUAUCGCUCAGAGUUUCGGCGAAGUGAAACAUGUAACUCCGAAUAUAAGUGUCACAAGUGCUCUUCUAAAUUCUUCUACGGAGAACAUUAUGGAAUACUGGAAUAAUCUUAUCGUAUCCGCCGAAUUUAAUAGAACUGAAGACAACACGAUAUUGGCUAACGGUUUUUAUUCUGCCUCAGCAAUUCACAGUGUGCCUAUAACAGUGAAUCUCUUAAGUAAUGCGUUCAUCAAGGCUUUCGCUGGCGAUCAAUAUUCGAUUGCUGUGUCUAGGCAGAAAUUUCCUAUAACAUCUUCAAACAAUGAAAUGAUGCAAAGGGCGCUUGUAGUACCAUUUUUGUGGAAUUUCAUAUUCUGUAUGCUCUUCUUUUCUACUGUUGCACUUUUCGUGUCGCAUCCCUUGCAAGAAACAGUAACGAAAGUGAAGCAACUUCAACGCAUGACCGGUAUCACAUCGGUAUCAUACUGGAGUACAAUGCUCACUUUUGAUUUUUUGAUAUAUACGAUAUGUGUGUUACUAAUUACGUUAGCACUCUACAUUAUGGAUGUCAUUCUCGAUAUUCGCAUAUAUUAUGGAACAGAAAUAUUGUGCACGAUAUUGAUUCUGGAGUUGUUCGGUAUUAACGUUUUACUUUUUGUAUAUCUAUUCAGUUUUAUGAAUAAAUCAAGGAAUACUGUAACAACUAUUUUGAGUCUUGUACCUUUUGUCUUGGUUGUAAUACAAUUUAUUCUGCAUGGAAUAUUAAGCAAUAUUCCUUGGCUUAAAACACUACACAUUCUACAAAAGAGAAUCUUCCGUCUAUUUCCUUACGUAAGUUUGUUCCACGGUCAACUAUCUUUUCUCACCAUAGCAGAACAAAAUUCAAAUUGUCGUCAUUUAUCAUACAAACUUGACGCUGAAGCUUGUUUUGCAGCACCUAAUCCCUGCUGUGUCAUGGAUUGCAAGAAUGGAACGUGCAAAAAUCAAUUGUCUUACUUCCGAAAUUUUAUAGAGGAUAUAAAUUUUGAAGAGAGUAUAGUAUAUCUGGCAAUAACACCAAUUUUGUAUUUUGCUCUAUUAAUCGUAUUAGAAGAAAAGCUAUUUUCAAAAUUGUUUAUGAAAAUUGUUGGAACGAAACUAAGAGAAAAACAAGACAUAAUGGAUGAUCAAGUGAGGAAGGAAAAACUUAUUGUGGCGAUGGAAAUUAAUAAAAUUAACAAUCAAAGUGUAAAAUUUACGAAAGAAGAAUUGGAAACAAGUUCUUCAGAAGAUGCUAAUAUAGAACUAUUACAGAGUUCAUUAAGUGAUAGUAACAGUCUUUUCUUAGUGUACGAAUUAAGCAAAUACUAUGGAAAAGUAAUGGCUGUGAAAGAAAUCAGUUUUCGAGUAAAACCACGCGAAUGUUUCGGAUUGCUUGGCGUAAAUGGCGCCGGAAAGAGUACAACUUUCAGGAUGCUGACAGGCGAAGAAAUGUCUAAUAGUGGUAUAAUGUACUUAAAUCAAGCGGGAAUCCAUUCAGACAGAACAAAGUAUCUUUCUGAAAUGGGAUAUUGUCCACAAACUGAUGCUUUAAUAAGCUCCUUAAACACUUUUGAUCAUUUACGAUUGUUUGCUCGUCUUCGCGGUAUACCAAAAUCCAACGUAGAGUUGGAAGUGAAUAAAUGGAUCAAUAGAUUGAAUUUAACUGCUUGCAUGAAGCAACCAAGCAGUACUUAUAGCGGCGGUAAUAAAAGACGUUUAAACGUCGCGAUGGCUCUUAUCGGUAAUCCUACUCUCGUUCUCUUAGACGAGCCUACAGCCGGUGUCGAUCCCGCGGCUAGAAGAUCGCUUUGGAAAGUUUUGCAGUCGUGUCAAGCAGCAGGGCAAGCUAUUAUACUCACUUCUCACAGCAUGGAAGAGUGUGAAGCACUUUGUAAUAGACUAGUCAUUAUGGUGAAGGGUGAAUUAGUCUGCAUUGGUGCGAGUCAAGAGUUAAAGCAACGAUUUGGCGCGGGUUACGAUAUUCACAUAAAAUUAAAUACAGGUCGAACUGGCAAGGAUGUUGACGAUAUUAAGAAAAUCAUUGAAUCUAGUUUAACAUGCAAUAUUAGAGACGAAAAUCUGGGUCUUCUUGCUUAUCAUGUAACCGACUGUAAUACAACAUGGAAAAAAAUGUAUGAUACAAUGAGGAGUCUGAAGCUAAGAUAUAGCUGCAUUGAAGAUUACUCGGUUUUUUCUGCAACUUUGGAACAACUCUUUAUUCAGUUUGCAAGAGGAGCUGAAAAGAAGUCUCAAACUAGUCCUCAGUGGACUGGAAGUGUUAAUAGUCCUCAAGAAAUAGUAUGAAUUUAAUAUGUCUUAUUAGAUAUAAAAAUAUACUUAAUACACGUAAAGUAGAAUAGAUAUAGAAAUAUACUUAAUACAUGUAAAGUAGAAUAAAUAUUGAAUAGAUAAAAUUGAAA